CUCUCCGUGAGUUUCCACUCAGUCCUCCGUGUCAAAGGCGAGAUCUGUGAUUCUUUUCCAUCGCUCGGACCUUUGGCAGCAGCAUGUCUAUCCCGCAGCUCGGCUAUAAGUACAUCAGACCGCUGUACUCCACGGAGCGGCAUGCGGCGGUCGGUGCGCGCGUCGGCGCGGAGCUGAGCGCGUCGGGCUCUCUCUGCAGCGUCCUCUCCAGCAUGUACGGAGCUCCGUUCGCCAGCACGCAGGGAUACAGCGCUUUCCUGCCCUACUCCAACGACCUCUCCAUACUCAAUCAGCUGGGCUCACAGUACGAGUUUAAAGACAGUCCUGGGAUUCAGCAUGCAGGGUUUCCUCAUGCAUCCUUCUACCCAUACGGACACCAGUAUCAGUUUGGUGAUCCGUCCCGACCCAAGAAUGCCACCCGCGAGAGCACCAGCACCCUGAAGGCCUGGCUCAGCGAACACCGGAAAAACCCUUAUCCCACGAAAGGAGAAAAAAUCAUGCUGGCCAUCAUCACCAAGAUGACCCUCACUCAGGUGUCCACCUGGUUCGCCAACGCCCGCAGAAGACUGAAAAAAGAGAAUAAAAUGACUUGGGUUCCCAAAACGAGAACCGACGAGGAAGGAAAUGUGUAUGCGAGUGACAACGAGGACGGAGACAAGAGGGACGAGGACGAGGAAAUAGACCUGGAGAACAUUGACACGGAAAACAUCGAAGACAAGCAGGAUUGUGAUUAUCAGGACGAUGAAAAAUCAGUGUCCAAAGUUUCUGAUUCUGAUGCAUCUGAGGAAUAUGAUGACGCUGGAGCUGAGAAGAGUUUUAUGAACGAUAUUAUGAAAGACACAAACUCGGAUGAGGGAGAGGAGGACCAAAUCAAAAAGAGUCCAGCAGCACAAGAGCCCUCAAAUAAUGGCAGUCCUCCUCAGAAACCAAAGAUCUGGUCUUUGGCUGAAAUCGCAACGGCGCCGGACAGUCCCAAAAAGUCCUCGUGGAUUCAGAGGAGCUGUGACGCUCAGGCAGUCAGGAAUCCUCUCCAUGUUCAAAACUGGACCAAAAUGGCUUUUUCAGCCCAUCAGAUGGCUUUAACCAGCCAUUACCUCGGACUUAAACACCAAACCACCUCAAACAGCCACACACACAUGAAGCACAUCGAGCAGAGGACUCACAGCCUAUGAAAAAAAAUCACACAUUUAAAGACUUUUCAUGUUUUUUAAAUAUUU